GCAAGAGCUGCACUUUUUUUUCCCAUUUCUCCCUGUCCUUCCAUAAACUGUUUACAAUAUCUCUAUUCCAUUCCUCCCUUUUUGUAUGUGAAUUUGCACCUUGCAUGUUUCAGUCGUACUAAUGCGUCAUUCAUUUGAUAUAGUGUUUUGAUUCUCAUUCUGCAUAUCACUGUUUCAGUUGUGUGCACAGACACGUUAAACCUCUUUGUUUUGCUCCCUUUUGCCAGAGUUUUUCCCCUCAAUGUUCUUCCUACCAUGUUUUCCUGCUUUCACUAUCAAACUACAUAACUAGCAUUACUCGCUCCUGGAUCAACAUAAUUACAGGAAACCUAGAACAUACAAUGCUUAUAUUUAUUCUCUCUUAAUCGCUAUCCACAUGUGCCAUGUUAACCAAAAUUUACAUACUUUACCAAUGUUUAUAUGACAAUACAGCAAUGUAUAUUAAAUGACAUCUGUUAAUAGUUAGUUACUCAUGCAGGUUGCAGUGUAUUUAAAUCCCUAAUAAAACUGCUCAUUUAAAAUCAAAUUGGUAUCUUCAUAGUACUAGUGAUUUAUUCAGAUUACAGUUUCCUUACUCCGGUUCCCUCCCACAUUCCAAAAACAUGCUAGGUUAAUUGGUGACUCCAAAUUGUCCAUAGGUAUGAAUGUGAGUGUGAAUGGUUGUUUGUCUAUAUAUGCCCUGUCCAGCCCAGCCCUGCCCGGCUGGCGACCAGUCCACGGUGUACCCCGCUUCUCGCCCAAAGACAGCUGGGGUAGGCUCCAGCACGCCCGCAACCCUCGAGCCUCAAAGGUGGUGUAACGUCAGUCAGUGGGUUGGACUCUGUGACUUUUGUGGAUAUCGCCACAGUGGAGCAGGGCUUGGAGGAAGAGAUGGUUCUCCUUACGACUAAAACCAUGCAAAGGACGGCAGUCUUUGUCACCUUCGGGGGUCUUGUCACCUCCUUGAUCACAACCUUCCUCCCACUGUGGAAGACGAUGAAUUCAGACCUGAAUGAGGUUGAAAACUGGUACUCUGGACUGUGGCACAUGUGCCUGUACACUGAGGAGGUUGGGGUUCAGUGUAAGGCCUAUGACUCCUUGCUGGGACUACCUGUGGAUCUGCAGAUCGCCAGGGUGCUCAUGUUAGUGUCAGUAUGCAUUGGUGGUUUGGCACUGCUGGUGUCUCUGCCAGGACUGAACGGAGUCCACAUGUGUUCGGACCAACCUGGAAAGAGGAGACGGCUCCUGAUCUUGGGCGGGGUGCUGUCCUGGGUGUCCGGGAUCACUACACUGGCUCCUGUGUCCAUUGUGGCUUACACCACUGUGGUGGAAUUCUGGGAUGCUGGUUUUCCUGAUGUGAUGCCGCGCUGGGAGUAUGGAGAGGCCAUGUUUUCAGGAUGGUUUGGAGGGUUGACACUGAUCAUUGGAGGGACUCUAUUCUUUGUUGCUGUGUGCAUGGCUGACAUGCACACACACACUGUGACCAACAGCUCUCAUGCUACACACAGGACACAACACUACCGCAAGACUGAGGUUUUAUAAUUGUUUUUUCCUUUUAUUUUCUUUCCCCUCCCUUGUUUGUAUGAAUUUUUAAGUCAGUUAAAUUUAUGUAUCAUCUUAAAAUGUCGUAUUUCCGAGCCGGUUGAUGUUAAAGUGACUGACACCAUUUUAAUCAUGUGUAUUUCAUUUUUAUAUCAGACAUCAUGCGGUGAGUUGAAGCGUCUAUAUCGAGCACCAUUAAUCUCCACUUAUUGAUUUACAUGAGCAUUAAUAAUGCUUGCACAUGCAGAUGUAAUAAACUCUAACUUAGUGUAGUUUGGAGUGUCUCUGGUAUUAAAAUGUGAACGCGUGUUGCAUUCCACUGCUGCAGUGUUUCUGUAUUGAAUUUCCUCAAGGGGCGGGCCAUGCCCAGGCCAUGCACCCAGGGUUGUUAAUGCACAAUGGUGAUGAUUAGAAUUCACAAUAUGUCAUGCGGCGACUUGCUAACGUUUGCUGACAGGACAUCAGUAUGUCUGAUGGUUGUUUUAAUGCGGAAACACACUUGCAGGAUCAAUCUAACUGUGGUAGCUGACACUCAAUAUUUGCUCAUCUUCAUGCUGCCAUGAUGGAGUAAUGCACCCUCGGGAUCCUCUUGUGUCAUUGACCUUGUGUUCAAGGUUCUUAUUAGAGGAGACAGAUCAGAAUAUAAAAACACUGCAGUGGAACCUCAAAAGUCAAACACCACAAAAGUGGAGUUGAACACAUUAAAAAUGCCUCAAAAGUGUAAAAAAAAAAAAAAAACCAAAAAAACGAGUUGCAAGCAGUUGAAAGCAUCAGCGAUGCUGUGAGACUGAAAUGAUGAGCUCCUUAAGUGCAUUUUGCUGUUUGAAAUGUCUUUUUUGUGAUGGCAACAGGGAAAAGUGAUAAUAACCCUAGAACCAAACCAUACAUGUAUUGCGGUAUUAGAGUUACUCAAAUAAGAUAAGAUAUGCCUUUAUUCGUCCCUCAGUGGGGAAAUUUGCAAAAUACAUCCAUAUAUUUUACCAAUUUAUUUCUACAGUGUAGACCAAAAUUUAACCCAUCCAUGAGUAGCAGUGGGCAGCACCAACAAGACAGUAGGUGACAGUACCAAUUGCAUUUUAUUUGUUUUCUUAUAUUUAUAUUGCAUCUUAUAUUUGUUUCUUUAUUUACUUAUUCUUUGUUAUUUUUAUUUAAUAUAGAAUAUUAUAGUACUCCAUUUUCUCUUUAUAUUUGUACAGCAGUGAGAACUGUUACUUAAACAGAGAAAUGUUACAUAAAUAUUGCCUGUAUACAUACAGGUUUUAUGAAAGUGACAAUUUAAUUAUUCAUUUGUUCAUUUUCUAUAGCAUUUGCUUAGGGUCACGUUUGAGCCAGAGCCUAUCCCAGUUGACUUUGGGUGAGGCGGGGUACACCCUGGACUGGUCACCAGCCAAUCACCUUGCACAUAUAGACAAACAACCAUUCACACUCACAUUCAGUUGGACAGGAAACCAACUGAAGUCUAAGUAUUGAUCCUUUAACAUUGGUAUUGAUCAAUGUUGAUACCAAUGUAGGGAUUGAUUUUACUGAUAUUUGGAUCGAUCCGGGGUGGCACGGGGGGCUAGUGGUUAGCGUGCAGACCUCACAGCUAGGAGACCAGGGUUCAAUUGGGGUUCACUGUUUGCAUGUUCUCCCCGUGCAAGC